ACACUUCGCAUAUAUUUUGUAGCCAUUAAGAAAAAAGUUUUUUCCCUAGGCGCCUCUAUGUACAAAUAUGUACAUGCAUAAGUAUGCAAACGAUUGCGCGCAUAUGUAUAGUGUUAACCCCCGGAUAGCAUAAACUAAACCUCUUUUUUGGGUUAUUAAGGGCCUUUUAAGCUUUUCCACGGAUGCUUGUUUUGUGAAGCAGUUACAUGAAUAUUUUAUGCCCGCAAGCACAUUGCUCAUUUUUCACACUUAUGUCCCUUUGCGAACGGAACACGUACUUAAACGGGUUAAGGUAAAGGUCUAAGCAUACCAUAUGUAUGUGCAAACUCGUGUAAGCUCCAGUACACGCAGGAAGAAGAACGCUCGGCAUAACUGAGAAAGGGAAUCUAACAGAAUAGCUAGCAGCUAGGCACCUAUGCUUAAUCUGGAAAAGAGAAUAUAAAACAGAACAAAUAAAAGAAUAAACAAGUACCCAUUUAAUACGGAAAAAAAUGUCUAUAAUUUAUGGUUUAGUAGCAAGAGACAAGACAGUACUGGCAGAAUACACCGAAUUCGGAGGCAAUUUUUCCAACAUAAGCAGAUUGCUUCUGGAGAUUAUCCCUCCCCAUUCCGCGAGGAAAUCAUACAUCUACGAUGACUACGUUUUUCACCAGCUUAUGAAAAAUGGCAUCACGUUCAUGGCCAUGACGGACAAGGAACUGGGCUUCCUAACCCCCUACGCUUUUCUAGAAGAAAUAUCGAAAGUUUUCUUUAAGCACUUUAACUACACGUCUGAUUUUAUUACCCUGUCGCUGGAUGAAGAGUUUAAGCCCGUUUUGAGAGAAAACAUGAGAGUCUUCAACAACUACGAAUCGAACGAUGUGCAUAACAUAAAAAACAAAAUUAGCAACAUACAAAAUAUCAUCAUCGAAAAUAUCGAAAAGAUACUGGAGAGGAGAGAAAAAAUAGACAUACUAGUUAACAAAAGUGAAAAAUUAUAUCAGGAUAAUAUAAGCUUCAGGCGGCAAGCCAUGAGGCUAAAUUUUUUUAUGUGGAUGGAAGACAACAGAUUUCUUAUUUACUUCAUUUCGACCAUAGGUAUUUUUGUUUUUCUCAUUUGGUCCUUCUAUAACGUGUAA